AUGCAACGUGCACGAGCCGUGACCAUAUUUAAAAAACUUCAUCGUACAUGUCAAAAAGUAUUCAAAGGAGAUUCAGAAACACUGAAAGCUGCUAGGGAGAAAAUUAAUUCCGAAUUUCGAAAUAACCGAAGUGAAACUGAUGCAGAUAAAAUAAACGAAUUAUUGCAAACUGCAGAGGAUUCUGAAAUGCUUAUACGAACAACAGUCAUUCAGAUGGAACUUGUUAAUGAAGAAAAAAAUAUUUAUAGAAUGAAUCUUCGUGAAGAUUUAGCCUUUCAAGACAAUGAACCGCAUGUUAAAGAAAAAUCACUUUUAGACAAUUUGAAUUGCUUCCUCAAUCUGAGUAGCGCAUCUAGUAACUAUAUGAAUGAUGUUCAACUUUGGUUAAAUAAUGCAUUACAUCAACCGAUUAAUGGAGUAUGUGGUAUCAUAGAAGAUAAUUAA